AUGCCUGUAUAUCAACAGUCACAGGAUGGUACUCGGUAUCCGCUCGACUAUAAUGAUGUGAAUUUCGCCGCAAAUUCUCUCCCCGGACUAGGAGCUUCUGGACCGUCUGGAUCAUUGCCACCACCUCCUUUCCCUUUCAUGGGCAAUUUUGCCCAUUCGCAAUUUCCUCCCCCUCCCUUCCCUCCUAUGCAAAUGCCGCCGUUGAGAUACCCGCCAAUGCCAGUCUCUACUGCGCCUAUAAAUACACCUCCUGGCCGCCCUCUGACGAGUGACUUUCAACCCAAUUCGGGCUCCGUGACUAAUAAUCAUCCGCAGGUCAUGACCUCAUCAGCCCCCAAGGAGGAUUUGGAACGAGAGGAAGGUGAACUUACUGAUAGGGAAGGGGACUGUUCGCAACAAGGAAUAGAGUCGCGCCAUAGUACCAGCCCCCCGUCUUCCAAACCGGGACCACGACAAAGCACUACUCUCCAAAUGGUAAAUGGGAAAGGAGAUUGGGCGAACAAAACGAACUGCAAUGGCCAUGUGCCGAAAGGCUCUCGAUGUGUGUCAUCGGAGGUCGAGGAGGGUGAAGCUUCUUCAACUAGUUCAAACUCGUUCAGCCGAGACAGUGGAUCCCCAUACAACCCCCCAAUGUCAGUCAAUGUCGAGCCGUUUGUCCCCGCAGGUAGAAUAGCCGACGAAGCUACUCCGAAACCGAUCGAUCAAGACCUAUCUGCGAAGUCCGUGUUUUCCCCGCCUACAACAGACCCACAAGUGAUAUCCAACUGUGGAAAGUCUCCUGCGCAGCUGCGAGUACAGGCGCAGGGUGCCCUUCUUAGUUUAGCUCCUCAUAAUAUUCGAUACGGUGAGCUCGUUGGGGAAGGUAUCAAUCCAAUGGUACUAAGGCAACUUUACGAAGAAGUGGGGAUCAAGGUCCCCACGCCGCAGCCGGAUACUAUAUCAACUCAAGAAUCCUCACUAGCUUCAACACCGCGCGAUCAUUCUUUCAGAGAUCUCGCAGCUUCGAUAGAAACUGCUGGACCAGGGGAGAAACCCGCAGCAGAAGCCGUAAGGGUGGACAAUGUCACGCACUCCACUGGAUUAGUGGAAAACGCGCCAACAUCCACCCCUCCAUCUCAGCCAUGUGCUGCAAAACCCAUGGAACGUAAAGAGGUCAUUGCACGUAUGCUGGCUGCAAAGGCUGCCAAGUCUACGGGAGCACCAACAUCACCUUCAGGGGACGUGACUAAAGAAGCACAGACAUCGGACAGCUCGACUACAGAUGCUGUCAAGGUUGGUGACACCAGCGUUGCCACAGAAGUACCCGUACAAGAAAAGGAGGUUCGCGUCAGGGAAAAGAAUAAAGCACAAACGGAGUUGGCUAGGCAACGAAUCGAGCAACUCAAGAAGCAGGGCCUAAUGAGACUACAGCAAAAGUCAACCUCAGGCGACGUAUCUCCAAGUAAUGACCAGCCGAACAUGAAAUCAACUCGCGAUCUUACACCAACCUUGAACUCAUCAUCAAUACAACACCCCCUUCCUGAGCGUCCCCCUGAUCCUGAAACAGGUGCUUUUGCACGCAUCCCUGGAUUGUUCAUGACUGAAGUAGCUCAGGCGUCACAUGACGACCCAUCAACGACGCCUACCCAAGGGCUUCUAGUUGAUUCCACCCCGCAGCCUCGCUUUAAUCAACGCAAGCGCCCGCGAGCAUCUGAUUUUGACGAGCCUGUUCCUUUGCCUAGGAAUACUUCUAACAAUGGAGUGAAUAAUAGUGUCUCAGGCGAUAGGCUUGUCAUUGACAUCAGCGAUGAUGAUCUAUAUGGGGAUGACGAAGACGAUGCUAUGGAUAUUGAGACUUUCCAAGAAAAUGAUGUUCAUUCAGUCCCCGAAGGCCAAGCAAGGACCUAUCUUCUUGCGGAGUCCCUCCCGCCGAGACCCGUGACAUCGUCAAGUCAAGGGUUGUCGUUGUCUGCGACCCCACAAUUUCCAAGGAACAAUGAUCAAGAAGACCUCCGUAGGAAAGACCUUGAAAUACAAGCAAUGCACAGGCGGAUUGCUGAGCUGGAAAACCGCAAGAGAGCAAAAUUAGCUGCCAGUCGUACUCAGUCCCCUCGUGCGGCGGACUCGGAAUCAUCGCCUCCUGAAACAUCCGUGCCAACUGAUACUGAAGCUCGUGAGACACCCACACGGGCUGCACCAGUUCCCGCUGGGUACAAUUCUUCGCAAGUGGAGACCAUGGACGCUUUGCCAGAAAGUACAUCAUCCACCCCUAGCCAUCAUCCUACUUCAAACGGCCUUUCAUGCCGUUUGGGCUCCAUGGACGCCGAGCAACUGAACGACAUGAAGUUGAAAGUGUUGCGGAAAAAAGAGAUUGAAUCCGGGGUUCCUGCCUUGGACGCAGAAAUAGAAAGGUCUGAGACAAGGCUAGCGCGAUUCAAUCUCGAACAGGAGAAGCUUCUGUUAGAUAUCACGAGGGGAAGAGAGGGUCGACAGCAACUCUUAGAGGAACUAAGCAAUCUUAACAUAGAGCUCGACGGAGUGUCAUUGGAAGAGGUGGAAUCAGCCCUAGGAAGGCUAACAACCAUGCAGGAACCCGCAAAUGAAGCCCAAGAUCUGCAACCAAAUUCGCCAGAUGAUAAAGACGUCGGAAUAUCAAGUGGCUCCCAAGUUACGACCCAGCUUCAAGAACAAAAGGGUUCUAUUGAGGAGCCAUCCGUCGAUGCCUCAGCCGAUACAGCCAAACCAUCACUUCCGUCCGAUAUCACUGCGGGCCAACAUGACGUAUCUGAAGCAAGUAGGGAAUCAACACCAACGUCUUCCUCCGAUUCCACAGGGUCAUCUAUGGAUGAAUCUAGUGAUGAAGAUAGCGACGACAGUGAUGACGUUAGUGACGAAUCUACAUCCGCUGAGCAAGAAGAAUCCAACGCCCAUUCUCCUGUGCCGGACAUCCCUAUGUCAGAGGUCUCGGACGGUGUAGAACAGAUUAACCAAGUGGAACCAAGUCCGUUGAGCGAAGGGCAUCAUGAUCCCCUACCAGGCCAACCUCAAGCCACGAACGCGACAGACCAAUCUGACAUGUUUUCAAGGUCUAGUGAACAAGAUAUUGAAAUGACUGAAGAUCAGGCUUCUGAUAAAUCUAUGGUUUCAGAGGCCUAUGAGCCCCCAGAACCGGAAGGAAAUGCAAGCCCAGCUGACUCGGUUUACUCACCCCCUUUAGUCCAGCUUCUCCUGGCCCUGUUGAGCCCACCGUUCCUAGUUCCCCAGUGCACAAACCGCAGAACACUGCUAGUUGGCCUUCUGGAUAAUGCUCGACAGCCGGGAGUUUCAGACCAUAUGUUCUCGCCUUACAUUAGUCCAUUGAAAUCUUUCAAGGCUUUCCGCUACCAUCCAAAAUACACUGAUGAGGUUACGGGUGGCUAUCGUUCCCUAACCUAUAGCCACAAUAUUGACCCUAUGGUGUACAUCUGUCCUUUUGAAGGGGCAGGCGGUGUCUGCAAUGACCGGUCCUGUGAAUUUCAACAUUUUCGUGAUAUGACUCUUAGCGAUGACAAAAUCCUUGUACAGAUGGGAUCUCUUCGAGAGGGAAAAACGCCAGAAGAAAAAGACAACUACAUUGCUGGUUUGAAAAACAUCAUCAACGACAUGCGGCGCGACAAGGUGAAAGAUUUUAACACUGUGGCCACGGAGAUAGCCGCAUACCGUAGACGCUUCCUCCAGGAUCCUUCACGAGUCUUACCCUUGUAA